AUGCCGCAUGUCAUCUCUCAGACACCCAAGAUGGCCCAGAGUGGGCGUCCUUCAGGUUUGCCUACAGACAAGUACAUCUCUCCUAGUGUCACCCGAGUGAUAGUGAAGACAGCAGGCAAGGGGGAGGACUUUAUGAUAGCGGACAACACCUCUGUGAGGCAGUUCAAGGAGAAGCUAUCUGCUCACUUUGAGUGCCAAAUGGACCAACUAGUGCUGGUUUUCAUGGGUCGCCUUCUUAAAGACCAUGACACACUGAGACAGAGGGGCAUCCGAGACAGCCACACCAUUCAUUUGGUCAUCAAGUCCAAACAUAGGUCCAGAUCCCUAGCCCAUUCCUCCCAGAACCUGCUGACCAAAGAUCCCUGCCACCGGGACAGAAACACCAAAGGAAACAGCAGUGGGGUACACCAACUUGCCAGUGUGAGUCACACCCCAGUGGAAUCGGCCCUCCCUGUGGAGCCUGAUGCACCCAAAGUGCAUACCCAGGAUCUGGAAGUGGGUAAUCCAGAUUGCAUAGCACAGAUGCUACAGAAUCCUAGCAUCCAGCAGCUCCUGUCCAACAUGGCCCCCAUGAGACAGUUCAUCUCAGAACACCCAGACGUGCAACAGCUGAUGCAGCAGAACCCAGAAGUCUCCAACCUCCUUGACAAUUCUGAGAUCCUAUGGCAGACUCUGGAGCUGGCCAGAAACCUUGCCAUGAUUCAGGAGAUAAUGCAGAUCCAGCAACCUGAACAGAAUCUUGAGCAUCCACUAAACCCACAGUCAUACCCGGGCUUGGAGACAAUGCCAGGUGGGGACAAUCCCCUGGGCCGGAGUUAUGCUGAUUGCAAUGACCACAUGCUCAACAGCUUGCAAGAUCCCUUUGGGGGCAACCCUUUCACAGCUCUCCUGGAAGGACAUGUUUUAGAACCAGUUCAGUCCUCACCCCUGUCUCCACUACAACCCCAGGAACGGAGGGACCAGCUCCCACAGCUCCCUACAACCCGAGUCAUCUAUACUAGCUCCUGUGGUUUAUCCUCCAUCACCUCAGCCAAUGUUGCCCCUGACAAGGUGAACCAUACUUCCAGUGCCAGUACUACCAUUAUCUCCACCAAAGACCAGAGUCAUAACUGGGCCAUUCAGCAGCCGGCUGGUGUACCAGCCUUACCUAGCAUAGAGCUUACCCAGCAGCCCCAGGCAGAGGACAAAGAUGCCACCACCUCUCGAGAUAGCUCUGACCAGAAAUUAAAGGAUGAUCCCCAGCUGUCGGAUGAGCAGAGCAGCUCCCAGAUCACAGGAAGCAUGGUGCAGUUGCUUUUGAAUAACCCCUACUUGGCAGCCCAGAUGAUGUUGUUCAUAAGUAUGCCCCAGCUGAGUGAACAGUGUAGGCAGUAG